GAUUUGACAGAACGCUUUGACGCUCCGCUCCACUCGUAAACAUCGAUCCAGUUCGGCUUUUAGUGUGUGUUGCUUGGCGACACUCAAAGCUUGAUGUUUUGGCUUCUUUAUAGGAACAAUUUUCACCAGCAGAGAAGAAAUACACAAAUUAACCGGUUAAUAAUUGUCUGAAACGUUAGAUAUUUAAAUAUUUAUAGAGCAAUAUCGUGCUGUAGCACUCAACAUCAGCAAGGUUAUGAUUACCUGUGGCCUCGUGCCAGCUGAAUUCCAAACAAACAAAUUGUUUUAUUGCUUAUUAAUACCUGCUUAUUUUAAUUGAAGAAAAACAGGCGAAUCUAUCUUGGGUCAAUACCCUGAACAAGCGUCUUAUCGAGUUUAUGUAGUACACAGCUCUGCUAAUUUGCCUCUCAAAUGCAUCAUUACGACCUGAUUCUUCUUGGACUGCGGGAUUCGGUUCUUCGUUAUUGUCUCUGCUCCGCACACCCUCUCCACGGGCCUCUCUCCAGCUCAGAUGAUGAUGGAAAGCAGAAGAAUGCCGGAAUGUGGAGGGAGAUGAUAAUCCUGGUUGCUCAUCGCAACGAUUCCCAACACAGCAUGAUGGGAACAUGAAGUCUUUCGUGGCGCUCCAAACAUGGAAAUGACGUAGAAGAAGAAGGCUUUGUAGCCUGGGAGGGACUAAGAAGCGUAAGCGGUGACACGUGACUGAGUGUAGGUCACAGACGAGACUCUGACUGAUAAUGGCAUCUAGAAUAUGUGACAGUGUUCUGGUGACCGGAUCAAACCGUGGAAUUGGACUUGAGUUGGUUCACCAGUUGGUUAAUUCACCCUCGUCUCCACUUCAGAUCUUUGCUGGUUGUAGAGACCCAAAUGGACCAAGAGCACAGGAACUCCAGGAACUAGCUCAGAAGCACCAGGAUGUGAUCACGGUUGUCCAACUGGACACUGAUAGUGUAACUAGUAUCACAGAGGCCUCAAAACUGGUGGAAGCCAGGCUAAAUGGCAGAGGCCUGAACGUGAUCAUCAACAAUGCCGGUGUGAAUAUCCCAGGAUCUCUAGCAGAGACAGGAAAACAGGAGAUGGUGGACGUGUACACGACUAAUGUUGUAGGACCCAUGCUCAUCGCAAAAAAUUUCCAUCCGCUCCUGUGCAAGGCUGCAGCUCAGUUUCCUCAUCAGACAAGCAUGUCUUGCAGUAGGUCGGCUAUCAUCAAUGUGUCCACACUGCUGUCAUCCAUCACCAGAUGCCCUGAGAAUUUCUCCAGGUCUCCAAUGUACCCCUAUCGGGUCAGCAAGGCUGCACUGAACAUGUUAACUCGCUGCUUGGCGGAGGAUUUUAAAAAAGAUGGCAUUCUAGUUAUGGCACUCCAUCCAGGAUGGGUCCAGACCGAAAUGGGAGGCCCACAGGCUUACCUGACGACAGCUGAGAGCAUCAGCGGUAUGAUGAAAGUCAUCACAAGCAUUACCGAGAAAGACAGUGGAACACUUUUAGAUUGGGAGGGCAAUAACAUCCCCUGGUGAUUGCACAACUCAUCUUGUGUGUGUCGUUUGCACAUCUUAAGUUUGACAUGUACUUCCACAUCUUUGUCUGUCUGCGGUUUGUCUGUGAAAUUUUUUCCUGCCGCUCUUCUAGUGCAACACAUGAGUUUUUAUCUCACUGUAAUGCAUGUGAGGAAGUUCUCAUAAAAACAGGUUUCCUAUGUGUCAAAGUUUUUCCUCUAACUGAUAUUUGUAUUACAGACUUUCCAAAUUUAGUAUCAGCAAUUGUAAUAAGAUUAGCGGUGAGAUAAUAAGAGAAUGAAUAAGUAAAAAAAAAAAGGAAGAUGAGGAAAAGUUAAAAGACAGAACCAAAUGUGACAAAGCCAACCACAACAUGUCCUUCUUCAAAUGAAAUUUCCAGUAAGGACAAUGAAGUUAUGUUCAACAACAAAGAAAUUAUGGGCUGUAAGAGCCACACUCCAUGCUAUGCUCUGAUAAUUAGUGAAUAUUUGGUAAACAUUAACAUUAUAGUCAAUCAUUCAAAAAUGCAUGGGUACAGUGCGCCCUCUAGUGUUACAUGAGUGUAGAGCAGUGGUUUUCAAACUUUUGACCCCAAGUCCGCCUUUGUCCAAGACAAUAUUUGAAGGUCCUUCUAUUUAAGAUAUUUACUUUGUUAUGUUUGUUAUAAUAAAAAUAAACUCUCUCUAUACUGUAUAUAAUGUUAGUUUAAUGUUGUUAUCUUUUAUUUAAUUUUUAGUUUUAGAAAAUCAAAAGGAAAUAUAAGAAAUUAUUGUCUACAUGAACAAUUUUAAGUUUAUUUUAAUAGCAUUUUAAUUAUUUAUUGAAAUCUAUCUACACAAGGACAUUGUCACAAAAGCGAUAUUUAAAGGGUUCACCCAAAAAUUUAAAUUCUUCAUUAAUUACUCACCCUCAUGUCGUUCCACUCCCAUAAGACCUUUGAUCAUCUUCUGAACACAAAUUAAGAUA